AUUGUUAAUAUUAUUUAAAUGUUGCAAAUGAGUAUCUUAAUUGCUGGGUUUCUAGCAAAACGCGCUGUUUCAUUAAACACGUAUGCGGAACUGCAAAAGUGAGAAAGCAUAGUCCCACACGAGUCGUUAACGGUGUAACAACGCAGCUCGUUUGCGGCACUUGGAGAGAGAGAGGCCCAUGUGGUGUGUUAAUGAGCGAGCCGAAAACUUAAGCACUUUCAGAAAGCUUUCGCUUGAAAAUUUCGGCACCUGAAUGUUCGUGUAGCCUAUUUUUCUAAGAUGUUGUUAGAAGCGCUGGACGGGGAUGAGACGGUUGUCUUUACAGCCACUGCCGCCUCUGUGCAGAUCCAGGUGGAACCUGUGGGUCGAUGGUUCGAGGCCUACAUAAAGAGGAGGAGCAGGAAUGUAUCUGCCUCCUUCCAGGAGCUGGAGGAAGAACAGGAGUCCUCCGAGGAGUCGGAGGAUGAGGAGUUCCAGCUGGAGGAGUACCCGUUGCUCCGAACACUUGACCCCAAAGACUGGAAGAAUCAAGAUCACUACGCUGUCCUUGGGCUCCCACAUUUGAGGUACAAAGCCACACAGAAGCAGAUCAAAGCUGCCCACAAAGGGAUCGUGUUGAAGCACCAUCCUGACAAGAGGAAAGCUGCAGGAGAGCAGAUAGUGGAGGGAGACAACGACUACUUCACCUGUAUAACUAAAGCUAUAGAGACCCUGUCAGACCCGGUGAAGAGGAGAGCCUUCGACAGCGUGGACCCUACCUUCGACAACACCGUGCCUUCAAAGAACGAAGGCAAAGAAAACUUCUGGGAGGUGUUUUCUCCCGUGUUCGAGAGAAAUGCCAGAUGGUCUUCCAAAAAGCACGUUCCCAAACUUGGAACCAUUGAGUCCUCUUUCGAAGAAGUCGACAAUUUUUACUCUUUUUGGUACAACUUUGAUUCAUGGAGGGAAUUCUCAUAUCUGGAUGAAGAGGAGAAGGAAAAGGCUGAAUGUCGAGAUGAGAGGAGAUGGAUCGAAAAGCAGAACCGAGCCUCCAGAGCUCAGAGGAAGAAGGAGGAGAUGAACAGAAUGCGAACACUAGUUGAUACCGCCUACAGUUUUGACCCUAGAAUAAAGAAAUUCAAAGAAGAAGAAAAAGCCAGGAAGGAGUCUGAGAAGAAGGCAAAAGUGGAAGCCAAGAAGAGGGAGCAGGAGGAGAAGGAGCGAGCCCGGCAGGCGGAGCUGGAGGCAGUUCGUUUGGCGAAGGAGAAAGAGGAUGAGGAGGCCAAGCAGGUAGCUCAGCAGGCCAAGAAAGAGAAGGAGAUCCAGAAGAAGGCCAUCAAGAAGGAGAGGCAGAAACUCAGGACCACCUGCAAGAUCUGGAAUUACUUUGCUGACAGUGAGGGGGAGAGUGUGAAAAUGAUGGAGGAAGUGGAGAAGCUCUGUGAUCGUCUGGAGCUGACAAGCUUGCAGUCCCUGAAUGAAAUCCUAGCCUCAGGCUCAAAAGACGACAGCAAGGUAGCUGUGGAGAAGCAGGUGCAGGAGGUGAACGCCCAGCUGCAGAGGGAGAAGGAGGCCGAGGUCCAGAGCAGACAGGCGGCUCGCAGCUCCGACCAGGCCAGCGGAGCAGGAGGGGCAGGGGGGAAGGGCUGGAACGAGGAGGACCUCCAGCUGCUCAUCAAGGCUGUCAACCUGUUCCCUGCUGGGACCAACGCCAGAUGGGAAGUUAUUGCCAACUAUAUGAACCUACACUCCACCAGUGGCAUGAAGAGGACAGCCAAAGAUGUCAUCAACAAAGCCAAGAAUCUACAACGGCUAGAACCAGGGCAGAAAGAUGAAAUAAACCGAAAAGCCUUUGAGAAGUUCAAGAAGGAACAUUCUUCAGUUGCGCCCACCAUAGACAACGCUGUGCCCUCAGAGAGAUUUGAUGGUGCUGGUAGCGCUGCCUCCUGGACUACCGAGGAACAAAAGCUUCUGGAACAAGCUCUGAAGACGUACCCAGUCAGCACACCGGAGAGGUGGGAGAAGAUUGCUGCUGCAGUCCCAGGACGAAGCAAGAAAGACUGUAUGAAGAGGUACAAGGAACUGGUGGAGAUGGUUAAAGCCAAGAAAGCUGCACAGGAAGUCGCAGGAAAGAGUAAAAAAUGACAAGAACCACAAAAAAUAGUAUUCGUGU